AUGAGUAUUCCUCUAUUCCGUCGCUUAUUGCCUAAGCCGGUCGUCAACAAUGGGUCACAACUGCGCGAUCAUCAGGCCAACGAGCGAACGUUCCUUUCUUGGAGUCGUAUGGGACUAGCUUUCGCGGCGAUGUCACUUGCUCUCGCUCGACUGGAUAUCAUUGACAACAUAUUUAAUCGCGGAAGUAGGGGCGGGGCAAUUGCGCCCACUCAACCCAUGUCACUGACCGCAAUUGAAAGUAAAUCUCCAGAUCACGCACAUCUUCAAGAAACCAAAGAAUCGCCUGUUCUUCUUAAAUAUGUCAAUGAUCGUGUGGCUAGUCGUGUUUGCCAGGGCAUCAGUAUCUGGUCAUUUGGAUAUUCACUUGCGCGGUACAUCUCCGUUCGAAGGAAUCUGUUGCAAGGACGUUACGUGCCAUCAAUUUGGGGGCCUGUGUUGAUCACAUGUGGCUCUCUCACUGUUUUUGGCAUGACGCUGAAGUUGGAAUAA